GUCAGAAGGCUAAUCUCCAUAUUGAUUAACCCUCCACUUCGUCUGCACAAUAAUACCACCCACUUCUUCUCAGUUUCCCCUUCCAUUGCAAUCGCACCUGGCAGAAGUUAUGCUUCGUGUCAUAAAACCCAAAGCAAAAUUCUAGUGCCUGAUCAGUGCAAGACCCGGCAAAUAGAAAAACUUGAUGAUGCAUUAGGCCACUUUGAUUAUAUGAUUUCUUUGAACCCAUUUCCAUCAAUUGAAGCAUUCAAUAAUCUAUUAACUUCAAUCUCUAAACUAAGAUGUUAUACCUCAGUGUUUCCAUUGUAUCAGAGGAUGAGAUUGAUUGGAAUCGAACCUAAUAUCUUUACAUAUAACAGUUUGAUUAACUGUUGUUGUCAGUUAAGGCAAGUUGAUUAUGGGUUCUGUUUGUUUAGCGAAAUUUUGAAGAGGGGUUAUCAUCCUACUGUUGUAACUUUCACUUCUUUGAUUAAAGGGCUAUGUCUGCAAGGAAACAUCCGACCUGCGGUUCAUCUGUUUGAGAUAAUGACUGUUAGUGGAGUUCGACCUAAUGUUGUUACGUACGGUGUGAUCAUAGAUACUCUAUGCAAAAAUGGGUUAGUGGAUGAAGCUGUAAAUAUGUUUGACCAAAUGAUCAAUGUUCGGAAAAUUGUCCCGAAUGUUGUUGUUUAUAGUUCUUUGAUUAGUGGGUUAUGUAAAUCAGAUAGGUUAACUGAGGCUAUAGAACUUUUUCAUAACAUGUCUGCUCGAGGAAUUCCUGCAAAUGCAAUCACUUAUGGUUCUCUAAUUCAUGGUUUUAGCCAAUGUGGACAGUGGAAGGAAGCGCAGAGAUAUUUUGAUGAAAUGGUGGACAAAGGGAUAUCACCCACAGUAGUUGUAUAUAAUAUGCAAAUAGAUUCUCUGUCCAAAGAGGGGAAGAUCGGAAAAGCUGGGGAGUUGUUUGAGGAAAUGAUGAAGUUAGGCAAGGAACCUGAUGUAGUUACUUAUAACUCGAUGAUAGAUGGAUACUGCAAGAACUCUAGGUUGGAUGAUGCUUUGCAGCUGUACAAGAAAAUGAAGCGAAAGGGUCUAAAGCUAGCAAAUGUUACAUACAGUACACUUGUUUCCGGACUAUGUCGUGCUGGAAGAGUUACAACCGCACGAAGCCUAUUAAUCGAGAUGCAAACAAUUGGUGUAUCUCCAGACAUAGUUACAUAUGGUGCCAUGUUAGAUGGACUUUUCAAGAAUGGACACAUUGAUGAGGCGAUAGAAUUGUUUCAGUCUAUGGAAGGUAAGGGGUUUAAAAUUGACAUUCAGAUUUAUAGUUUAGUUAUUGCUGGGUUGUGCAAUGCCAAAAACUUCGAGUAUGCAAGGAAUAUAUUUUACGGAAUCACACAUAAAGGAUUAGUUCCCAAUGUCGUAACAUAUACCAUAAUGAUCAAUGGCAUGUGCAAAGAAGGCAUGUUUGUUGAGGCCGAGAGAUUGAUGUUUGAAAUGGAAAAGAAUGGUUGCAUUCCAAAUGUUAUCACAUACGAUACCAUUAUCAAGGGCCUUCUUAAAGGAGGAGAUAUUAAGAAAGCUAGGAAGUUUCUUCAAAGAAUGCGCGAUAGCAGCUCCCACUCAGCAACGCCACCAUCUGCAUGUUAACUAAUGCCCUAACUGUGGAUCAACUUAAAAACUUUGGAUCUUUUCGAUAGCUGGUCAGAGUGGCCAUGCAGAUGAUGCUCUUUUCUUGUUUGAGCUAUUGGAGUCGGUGGUUUUGGAGAUUGGGUUGGGAACUUCUACUCAAGUAACAACAGCUACUUCAAAUAUUAAUCAUUAUGCUUGAAGGUUUCUCAUAUCCAGACACACUUCAAUAUGAAGGGGUGACAGCAUGAGUGAGGUACUAAGAGCAAGGAACCAUCACAAAGUACAGAUAUAUGUAGGCAUAUGCAUGGGUUCCAAAUACGAUGAAGAGGAAGCUUUUUGUCUUGAGUUAAGAGGAAGACUUUAAAGCAUGUGUUCUCACCUACAGACUGGUCAUCAUCGUGGCACCGAAUUUGCAGUUAUGGGAAGGACACUCAAUUCCCCAGUUGAUUUUGCAAGCACGUCUACAUCUUGUACUGGGGGAAUGUGUUGGAUAGUUGAAAAAUUGAGGAACUUUGGUCUUGGCAUUUCAUACACCCCGGCAAAAAAUAACAACAGUCAAUUUCACGGUGCAUCUUGUUGACACCAUUAAUGGGCUCAGUAACACACUCUUGAAGUGUGGUUCUAUCAACCAGCACAAUAGGUCAUUUUCACUGGCUAGAAAAUAUAUGGGUGAAGGCCCAGUUGAAGAUUCCACAUAUCAGAUGAAUGGACUGUACGUGGUUACGUCAAUCAGUCUUGACGAACUAUUGUAAUUUUUUGGUU